AUGUCAAGCUAUAAACAUAAGUCUGGAGCUUUGAAAAGAAAGCUCCAGAAAGAAAAAUUAGAACAAUCUGCUAAAGGUCGCCAGGAUAUUAAGAAGUUUUUUAAGAGUAAUGAAAAAGAAGAGUUGCAAGAAUUUCAACCGGAUUUCAAUCCAGAACCUACAUUAGCCUCACAGACCCAACCUUCUUCAGCUUCAAUCCAAAAUGCUUCUACGUCUACUGUAUGUGAGGGAAGUAAUGACGAAUGUGCUAGUGCUGAUCCAAAUCUUAGUAAGGAUACUGUCGAUGACAAUAAAACUUUUAAUUUUGACGAUCCUAAUACGUGGCCUGCGGUGAUGAGUGAUAAAAUACGGCAGGAAAUAGUAUUGUGCUACGGUGGUUUUCAAGCUUUUCAGGCCAGAUCAAAAUCAUUUCCAGCUGACCCCUCAGGAAAACAUUUCCAUGAAACAUUGUUGUACAUGAAAACAGACAACAGAACAUGUAAAGCAAUUCCACGUGAAUGGUUAAUGUGGAGUGAAACAAAAAACAGCAUUCAUUGUUUACCCUGUAGCAUUUUCCAUUCAAACCAAAACAAAAGUAAACUUGCAAAAGAAGGUUUUUUCCCUGAAAAAAAACAAUACAAACGAUUAUACAGGUUAUUUUCGAUGCAUGAAAGAAGCUCUGAGCACAGAAAACACUACCUAGAAUGGAAAAGUCUUCAGAUAUCAUUGAAAGGACAUGGUGUCGACAGCAAUCUGCAACAGAUUAUUAACUGUGAAGCAACAAGAUGGAAAGCAUUCUUCAACGAAUAUUCUUCUUUGGACACAACAAUAUUCUUGAGUAGUAGAGGUUUAGCUUUCCAAGGGGAAAAUACCCAGAUCGGUGAUGUUUACAAUGGAAACUUUUUAGGAGUAUUGGAAUUAAUAGGAAAAUAUGACGAAGUAACUCGUGAACAUUUAGCCAAAGUUUUGGGAUUGUUGAAGAUGAACAUGACAUCAAAACCAACAGUCGGAGCACCUAGUGCCCAGGACGACUGA